AAGACUUUAAGAAAAGAAAAAAAAAAAAAAGAAUAGUCGUGGUGUGUGCUCGCGAGUUUGAUAUCCUUGGGGUUCUUGAGAAACUCUAGUGGAAAACAACAGUGGAUGCACCCAGGCAGAUUGCAGCUCUCUCGAACGUUGACGUACGUCAAAGCAGAAGCGCCGUAUUGCCCGAGGGCGAAUAGUCCUCGACGCGUGCCGCACCACUGAUCAGAGGUACCGCCGUGUCUGUACGGUUCGUGACUUGGCCUACGUUAUAAUAAUCAGAAAGGAGCCACACCGACGGCGAUGACAGGAUGCCUUUGAAUCGGACACGUGUCCCAAACAAAUGUUGGCUUAAUAUUUGCAACAGGCUGCCAACAAUUAUACUGCUCAUACUACUUUUUGCUGAAAGCAGACGUGCAACAAAUCUGAUGAGUAAUUCAAUCGACAAUUGGGUCAGUGGUAGUGCUGUUGUAUGCAAUGGAAUACCAGGUUUAACCAAAGAACAAAGAGAUUUGUGUUAUGGAAAUCCAGAUGUAACUGUUGCUGCAUUACGAGGUUUACAAAUAGCAAUAUCAGAAUGUCAACAUCAAUUUACAUGGCAUAGAUGGAAUUGUUCAUCAUUAACAGCAAAUAGUAGAACACAAAAAAGCAAUGUUUUACUACAAAGAGGAUAUCGAGAGACAGCAUUUGCUUAUGCAAUAUCAGCAGCAGGUGUUGCACAUAAUGUUGCAAGAGCAUGUAGUAUGGGACAAUUAAUAUCAUGUGGUUGUGAUUCAACAACAUACAAAGAUAAAACACCAACAAAAGCUGCACGUGGUACACAUUGGAAAUGGGGUGGUUGUUCACAUAAUCUUGAAUAUGGAAUGGAUUUUUCACGUCAAUUUUUAGAUACUAAAGAAAAAGCUGGUGAUAUACAAUCAACUGUUAAUCUUCAUAAUAAUCAAGCUGGACGUUUGGCUGUUGCAAGUAAUAUGCAAGUACGAUGUAAAUGUCAUGGUAUGUCAGGUUCAUGUGAAUUAAAAACAUGUUGGAAAGUUGCACCUGAUUUUCGUGUUGUUGGUAAAACACUUAAAGAACGUUUUCGUGGUGCAAUAUUAGUUGCACAAAGUAAUUUAGGUAAUAUAACACCAUUAACAAGGAUACGAGGAAAAUCACGUAAACGUCGUCCAGAUAGACGUUUUAAAAAAAAACGUCGUGAUAAUAAUAAUCAUCAUAAUAAUAAACAUAAUAAUAAUGAAUAUAAUGUAGGAAAAAAUAAAAAAAAAAAACGAGAUAUGGCUAAGCAACUUUUUUACUAUCAAAAAUCACCAAAUUUUUGUGAAAAGGAUCCAUAUCAGGAUAUACCAGGCACAGCUGGUCGUAGAUGUAAUAAAACCAGUCUAAGUGGUGAUGGAUGUGGAUCAUUGUGUUGUGGACGUGGUUACAAUGUUUUAAGACAAAGAAGAACAGAAAGAUGCGGAUGCAAAUUUCACUGGUGUUGUUUUGUACAGUGUGACAAUUGCACUGUCGAAGAAUGGAUAACAGUAUGCAAAUAAUAUUAUUAUUAUUUUGUUUAUUCUUAUAUAAAAAACAUAAAAAUGCAUGGCUUCAACUAUAUUCAAGUGGAUAAUUAUUAUACACAUAUGAAUAAUU